GCGUGGUCAGUGAGUGGGCGUGGCCUGGCCAAGAUGGCCGCGCUGAGCGGGGACGCGCUGGGGCUGGAGCGGGACGUGUCCCGGGCCGUGGAGCUGCUGGAGCGGCUCCAGCGCAGCGGGGAGCUGCCCCCCCAGAAACUGCAGGCGCUGCAGAGGGUCCUGCAGAGCAAAUUCUGCUCGGCCAUCCGCGAGGUCUAUGAGCAGCUCUACGACACCUUGGACAUCGCGGGGAGCCCCGAGAUCCGCGCCCACGCCACCGCCAAGGCCACGGUGGCCGCGUUCGCCGCCAGCGAGGGCCACGCCCACCCGCGGGUGGUGGAGCUGCCCAAGACCGAGGAGGGUUUGGGCUUCAACAUCAUGGGGGGCAAGGAGCAGAACUCGCCAAUCUACAUCUCCAGGGUCAUCCCCGGGGGGGUGGCCGACCGCCACGGGGGGCUCAAGAGGGGGGACCAGCUGCUCAGCGUCAAUGGGGUGAGCGUGGAGGGGGAGCAGCACGAGCGCGCCGUGGAGCUGCUGAAGGCGGCGCAGGGCUCGGUGAAGCUCGUGGUUCGUUACACGCCGCGCGUGCUCGAGGAGAUGGAGGCGCGGUUCGAGAAACUGCGCACGGCGCGGCGGCGCCAGCACAACAGCUACUCGUCGCUGGAAUCGAGGGGUUGAAACCUCCAGGACGCCCCAAAUUUUCUGGGACCCCCCCAGGACACCCCAAAUUCCCCUGGGACCCCCAAACUGUUCUGGGACCCCCCCCAGGA